AUGGAUGCUGAUCAGAUUAAUAAUUAAGAUUCCUCAGAAAAAUUAACAAGGAAUUUGUAUUAAGAAAAUGCUGCUAGUCUUUAGAAAAUGAAGUAAAAAAUAGAGAUUGGCAUUUAGAAUAAGGAAAUUUGGAAUGAAAAUCUUUUAAAUAACAUGAUUUAAAAUGCUGAAAAUUAUUUAGCAAACUAAAAAAUAUACAUAAUUUUAUUAGGAGCCAAGGGAAGUGGCAAAACAACUUUACUUAAUAGCAUCUUAGGAGAUGAAAUAGUACCGUAUUACAUAAAUAAGAGCAACAGGAGCUAAAUUAUUAUAUAAGUAGGAUUCUAAAAUGAAGAAAAUUAUUCUAUAGUUAGAUGUAAUCCUCAAACAUUUAAUCCGAAUGAUGAAGAAGAAAAUAGUAAACUAGUAACGAAUAACAUCAGAGAAAUGCAUCAAUUCAUAGAAUAGUGUAUAUAACAAGAUAAUCAAAAUAACUUGCAAAGAAAAUCAACAGAGGAAUAUGCUCAAAAUGCAAAUACUCUUAAGGUUUUCUAAAUUAGAUUUAAUUCUAGUUAUUUGAAAAAUUUCCCUCAAGAAAUUAGGCACAAUAUUUUAUUCGUAGAUACUCCUGGGAUUCAUGAAUACUAGCGCUAUUAGUCAUAAAUUUUCAUUAAUUCCUUAAAGAAUCUGCAACAAAAUAGCUCACCAGUAAUUAAGUACUAUUUAUGGGUAACAUCUUUAACAGAUAAUAUAAAAAAAUAUGAAAAAACAAUAAUUGAAAAUGUCUUUUAUUAACUUCAUUUAUCAGAAAAAACAUAAUAACAACAAAUCUUAUAAGAAAGUAAACAAGAUUUGAAAGAACAAGAAGAAGAUAAUUAAUUGAUUAAAAAUAUUAUGAGGUCCAGCGAAUCUAGCUCAAGCUAGUCUCAAAGACACACUUUAAUUGAUCAAAUAUGUAUAUCAUUCAAAGCUUCUUCUGAGAUAUCCGAAUCUGAAUCAAACAUUUUCUUUAAUAGUGUCAAUUAAAAGAUAUAAAAUUCAUUAAAAGAUGAAAAAAUUUCAUUCCAAUCAUCAAAUAGUGUUGACGCAUCUAAACAUCCAAUUGAAGUUUUAAAUUCUGAAAUUACUGAAGACAAUGAUGUGUGGAUUAUUGAUAAAAGUUAGGCUUAAAAAGACUAAUAAGAAUUAAAACUAAAAUAUGAGUAAAUUUCUAAUUUAAAAACUUAAAAAAUUAACAGAUAGCUAGGUGUUGUGUUUAAUUCUUAGGAAGAGAAAGAUAUUUUCUAAUAUCAAGAAGUCUAAGGAUAGAAGUAGCUAUGGGCACUAGAUGAAUUUUAGGAUAAAUAUCUAAAUAUGCUUGAAAAAUCUAUGCACAAACCGUAUAUAAAGGUUUCUGCUUUGCCCAUUUUAUACCUUUAAAUGUACUAAAAGUAUAAAAAUGAAUCAGAGUUAGAAAAACAAAUCAUUAAACAAUUCUACAUCUCCUACAAGCAAUCACUAAAACUUAAAAAUGAAUCAGAGGCAAGAAAAAUAAUUAGCAACAUUAACUUUGAAACAGAUUCUUUUCUGAACUUAUUUUAGUUUGAUUUGGCUCCUCAAAUCAACAAUCAAAUUGAUUUAUAAAUCAAUACAUUAUCAUAAAUCAAAUCAGCUACUAACAUCUAAAAGUUUUUAUUUAGGCAAAUAUGUGACUUAUAUGAUUAUAAACAAAUGAAGAAGAGACUUAGAAUAUAGGAAAUAAUAGAUAAAAGCUCUAUAAUUUCUAGAAGUAUAAUCUUAAAUUAGUAAAAAAGAGAUAAGAUAGGUAUAUUUUUACAAGAGUCUUUACCAAUUAUUCAUAAUAAUCACCAAUAAAUCUUUUCAAAUAAUCUUCAAAACAUAUAUUAAUCCUCUCUGCAAUACAGGAAAUCUCAAAUUUUACCAAAAAUUGAAGAAAUAUAUCAAAAUCAUAAAUCUUACCAAUUAUUUGAUAAAGUUGAAAAUCAACUAAAUGAAGCAAUUCUAGAAUACUUUAGCGAAGCAGUGUAGAGCUUGGCAAACUCUAUGAUUACUGGAGAUAAACUUAUAGAGGCUAACAAAGAUAUAAUUCUAUAGGAAAUUUAAGAAAUAGAUGCUUAACUAGAAAGUGGUAUUAAAUCAAUUAUUAUUGACUUUAAGAAAAGAUCUCUUUAGGAUGCAAACAAUUAGAUAACUUCUAAUAUAUGCCUUUCUCUCCAAAAAAAUUUUUCUUUCUUAGGUUCAAUUAUUGGAACCUCCUCACUUUUUACUGGCUUGGGAGUACUAAUUUAAAGGAUAGCUGGUAAACCUCUGAUAGGAAGUGGUCCGCUAGGUUUAGGAGUUGGAAUUGGAAUGACAAUUUUAUCUACAAUAUUUUUUGUUUAAAAAAGAGAAAAAAAACUUUAAGAAAGCAAAUAGAUAAUUUUAGAUUUCUUUGAAAAAAUAGAAGAAGAAUAACUAAAAAUUAAUUAAUAGUUAAUAUAAAGUUACUAAAAAGUAUACAAAGAAGUUAUUAUGGUGAUAACUGAUUAUUUGAAAGGUAUUACAACAAUCAAUUUAAAACAACUGAUUGAUGAAUAAAAGAAUUUAUUCCAAUAAGAUAAACAAAUCAACUCCACAUAAUAAAGUACUGUUAAGUAAGAAGCAGAAAUUGAAACUGAAAGUGAUUCAGAUUCAGAAUCUGAUUGUUCUAAAGAACCUUAUCAUGAGAAUUCUAAUAACCAAACUUAUAAUACAGCAAACAGCCAGUUAUCAUCAAGUAAUCAUAAUCUAGAAAAAGAAACUAGUAAUAAUAAUUAUGACUAAUAUUAAUCUUCUUUAAACCAAUAAUUCCUUUAGUCUCUUGGUGCUCACGACUUAUAAUAAUCACCUUCAAAAGACAUGGAUGAAUAAUUUCGUUUGAAAUUAUUAGAAAACUCUCAUAACUUUUUAUUUUGUUCUGAAUAAUCUAAUUCUCUUCAGUAAUGCAUCAGCAACUUAGAAAUAUCACAUCAUAUAUCUUCACCAGUACACCAAUAAAAGAAUUUAGAAAUUUCAAGAAGUUAAAAUGAUGAAUAAAUAAAUAAUAUAUUAGAUGAUUAAUAAUUUAAAUCUGUUAUUGAUAAAGAAUUAAAUCUAAAGUUAUUUAAUGCCUUUUAAGAUUAGUAAAAUGUGUCAAAUAAUAUAGAAAUUAAUUCUGAAUAGAAUAAUGAAUAAGAUGUUUUUUAUUCAUUUUCUUCUACUGAAAAUGAUUAAGACAAAUGA